UCGGAAGCUUGAGGGCGGCGUUGAACGACAAGGACGGGGAAAUCCGUGCGUUGAAAGACGACGACCCAAACGCUCAUUACCACGGAGAUCACAGGUGCACMGAGGACCAGUAAGUAUUCUUGCUUUGUGUGAUGUAUAGCAUAUUGGUGGGCACCGGGCAUUGGUCUCUUGUUAGUAAAGGAUCGCUUUUACACUAUCUUCAACUGAUCAUUUGAUGUACUUUCUCUAAAAUACGAAAAUUCUGCAUUUGCAAGUGGGGAUAAUGCACACGACGAUGGACAUGAUCACGGAAAGUGCGAUCACGAUCACGGACAUGGACACGACCAUGGAAAAGAAAAGGAACACGAGCACGGGCAUGAUCAUGGAAAGUGCAAUCACGACCACGGUCAUGGACACGACCACGGAAAAGAAAAAGAACACGACCACGGAAAGUGUGAGCACGAACACGGGCAUGGACAUGACCAUGGAAAAGAAAAACCCAAGGAACACGGACACGAUCACGGGCACGACCACGGAAAAGAAGAGUGUGGGGGACACGAUCACGGAGGGUACGUACGGUUGGAAAUAUAUUUUGCCUUGUUUUGAAUGCAAUUUUUGGACGGAAGGAAGCUUUUGUUUUAUGAAAGCGACACAGGUCAGACUCACGGUGUGCUUCUUUCGUUUUUCUUCUCUCUUGUUUCGUAGCCAUGAGCACGGCCAUGAUCACAAGCCCGAACCAUCGAAAGAGAGUGGCCAUGAUCAUAGCCAUGGACAUGGACAGUACGUAUUCAUUCAAUCAGGGUUUGCUUUUUUUUUAAAAUUAUUUGCUGACGAUACAUUUGAUGUUGUUCCGUCCUUGUCCUUGUCCUUAUCCUUGUUCUUCAUAGUGGAUGCGAUCACAAAGAGGCCGAACACGACCAUCAGUAAGUAACAGUAAUACUUCCGAACUGGACAGAGGUUUGUCCUUGUUUCGUUGUUUUGUCUGUUUUGAAUCUUAAUCGUAAAUAAAAUGUUCUAAUUGAAAUUUCUACUUUUCUUUCCGACGCAGUGACCAUGGACACAAUCACAACAAGGAAGAACCUGCAAAUCCCAUGGAGCUCGACUGGAAUGUUUCGAAAUAGACGACAGCAAAGUGCCAACCAUAUAUUUGGAUGACAAUUAAUGCUUCCUUGACCC